AUUGUUAUUGUUGUUGUAGUAUAUUGCACUUUUUUGUUAAGCAAAACUGCCGGUCAAUAAUAAAUUCACUUGUCGAACAAGCUUCUUUUUUAACUUUUUUAAAUAAAAACUUUAAGUUUUUUUAAGAAAAUCUUUAUAAUUCUCUGCAAAUAAACAUGUCUAACAACAACAAUCAAUGGGAAGUGGUAACCAAAUCGAAAAAACAAAAGAAUUUGGAAAAGAAGGUAGUGGCCCAUAAAGAAAAGAAAAAAAUAGAAGCUCUGCAACCUAAAUUGGAAGAAAUAUUUCCUUCACAUCAGUAUCGUAAGAUUAUUACUGGCCGUGGUGGUGGUCAAGAUAAUCACUCACCGGCCAAAUCAAAUGCCAGUUCGAAGUCCAAAGGUUCUACCCCAAAAAAAACCAACAAAACUUCUAAAGAAUCUUCACAGCCUAAAGAUUCGAAUAAGAAAAGUAAAAAUGAUACUAUUAAUAAAGCACCAGCAAAACCCAAAAGUUUGGAGCAGGCUUUUAAAAAUUUAACAGCUGAUGAUUUUGCCUCGCAUUUGGAACAAUUGAAAAUUAUAUAUCCUGGUUCCAAAUUGGCCUGGUUGAAAGAGAUCGCCAACUAUUUGAAUACCAAUUUACCAUUUGAUUGUGAUCCGAUAUUUUCUGGUAAAUCCAUAACAUAUCCAAGCAAUUUAGCUUCACCCGCCUUUAAAGAAGCCCUACUCGAUUUCCUUUCAUCUGAGGGUGAAACCAACCUAGAGUACUUCUUCCAUUAUACUCUAUUGGAGAGUAUGUGCACGGAAUUAAAUAAAAAUCUACCUGUUGUUGGGUAUAAAUUUCUUCUGCAAUUAAUUGCUCAAAAUUGGCCACAAAUAUGUUCCAAUAAAAUGGCCAAUACAGCCAUGUUAAGGGAUUCCUAUCAAAAUCGCAGCAAUAUUUGUUUAAGCAUAUUAUGGGCCAUCGGUCAAGGUGGCUAUCAACAUCUAAUGGAAGGUAUUAAAGUCUGGCAAAAUUUAAUGUUGCCCAAUUUAACUAUGAAAAGCUAUAGUCGUUUCAUUUGUGAAUAUAUUGAAAAAGUAUUAAAUUCAGCCAUUGAUCAGCGUUUGAAUAUGAAUCAAAAUGAGUUCUUUGCCACCUAUAAUGCUUUAAAAAGCCAAUACCCAGGACUACCGCGUGAAUGUCAACAAGCCUUAACACGCAGCUCCUCUUUAUUUUUGCAAAAAUAUAUAGUUAAUACUACCAGUCAUGCAAAUCUCUUUGUAAAUUUAUUAAGAGACAAUGAAAUAAAUGGCUGUCUAUCGGCUUUAUUACACAAUGAUGAUUGUUUUAAAGUUUGGAAAAUGAAUUAUAAGAAACAAUUGGUACCAACCAUGAAUUUAUUAGAAAAACUGGAAACUGAAAUAUUUGAUAGUGCCACCUCUUUGGCCAUAUCUCCAACAUUCCAUAAAUUUUUACAUGAAGCUGAAGUAUUAAAUUGUGAAUUAGAUGCUAGUAAAAGACGUGAUCCUAAUGUUGAUAGACUAAUAGAAUUGAUAAAGAGUGUACAAGAGAAAACCGCACAACAAAAGAAGAAACAAACCACAGAACAAAAGAAAAGAGGUUGCGGUUGUUGUAAAUGGGCUUUUGGUAGCAUAUUGCUUGUAGCGUUGAUCGCCGGUGCUCUUUUCUAUGAUACCGAAGUCAAUGGUAAAGGUGUCUUUGCCAAAUCCGCUACUGGUAAAGUUUUACAAAAUGCCGGUCUUUUGCCACAUGUCGAAAAGGCUUGGUAUACCACCAUGAGUACUGCUGCUCGUGGUUACAAAUGGGCUGAAAAGAAUUUACCACCCUAUACGAAACCCAUUUGUCAAUUGGUUUGUGAUGUCUCGAAAUUGGUGCGUAAUGCUGCUUGCAAUGCAUUUACCGCUACCAAAGAUCUGUUAAAUGCCAAAUUACCAGUAGCAGCUGAAUUCUUGGAACAAUACGUGCCCGGUUUACCCAAGAAAAUUGAAAACACAGCAGGUACUGUAAAAACGGUUUCAUUGGAUGUUUAUGGCAAGGCUGUUGCUUUCUUCAAGACUCAAGUGUUGGUUGGACGUUUGUCACCUGAAAAUUUAAGUAAAACCUUUAAUCAAACUCAAACUUUGGCCUUGGAAUACUUCAAUCAAUUCCAUAAAAAAGUUGAUGCUUAUGCCAAACUGAAAUGAUUUCCCACAACAGCAGCAAAUGACAUCCUACUAAAACAUUCACAUCAACAACAACAACAGCAGCCGCAGCAGCAUCAGUCACAUUUGUAAAAAAAAAGAAAAACUUAAAAGAAAAUUUGGUUUAUUGCUAGAUAUCACCAGUACAGCAGCAGCCAUAUUCUUUAAACUCAACUCAAGAUCUAUAUAAAUAAUAAAACAAACGAAAUAUCUCAACAUUAUCAUGUCUCGACGUGUGUGUGUGCUGUAAAUUAAAUUCUAGUUUAAUAGUUUUUACUCUAUUCUAUACAGAAAACAAAUAAAAAAUGCAGCAGUUGUCUAUACAAAAAAAAAGGCUGCAAUUUAGUGAAAAAAAAGAAUAUUUUAUAAAAAAAAUUUAAUGAAAAAAAAUUGUAAUAUUUGAUUUAGUAUAAAAAAGAGUGUAGUGCAGGAAAAUGUGUUAAUGAAUUUUAAUUGUAUAUUUAGAUUUGUUAAUAAUUAUUUUCAUUUGGUAAACAGCAUAAACAUUUAUAUAAUUAAACUUAUUUAAGCGAAUAAAGUCAAACAGUACUGAAACAAAGAUAAAUAGAAACAAACAUUUAAAUAUCUA